AAACCUCAUCAGCUGCGGAAGGCACACGGAGCACAGGUCUCUUCUUUGGAAACACUUUUUUUAUUUUACAGUUCAAGGAAAAGGACAGAAAAAUGCCCAAAGCGGUCAACGUUCGCGUCACCACCAUGGACGCUGAGCUGGAGUUUGCCAUCCAGCCCAGUACCACUGGCAAGCAGCUGUUUGACCAGGUGGUAAAAACCAUCGGCUUACGUGAGGUCUGGUACUUUGGACUUCAGUAUACGGAUAGCAAAGGUUACCAAACAUGGCUAAAACUGGACAAAAAGGUGUCGUCCCAGGAUGUGAAGAAGGAGAACCCGCUGCAGUUUAAGUUUCGGGCCAAGUUCUUCCCAGAGGAUGUGUCUGAAGAGCUGAUCCAGGACAUCACCCAGAAGCUUUUCUUCCUGCAGGUGAAGGACGGCAUCCAGUGCGACGAGAUUUACUGUCCGCCAGAGACAGCCGUGCUGCUGGCCUCCUACUCUGUUCAGGCCAAGUUUGCAGACUACAACAAAGAAGUCCACCAGCCAGGAUACCUGCUGUCUGAACGCCUGCUGCCACACAGAGUCCUGGAGCAGCACAAGUUAUCCAAAGAGCAGUGGGAGGAGAGAAUUCAGGUGUGGCACGAGGAGCAUCAUUCGAUGUUGAAGGAGGACGCUAUGCUGGAGUACCUGAAGAUUGCCCAGGACCUGGAAAUGUAUGGAAUCAACUACUUUGAAAUCAAGAACAAGAAGGGAACAGAGCUGUGGCUGGGAGUGGAUGCCCUAGGACUCAAUAUUUAUGAGAAGGAUGACCAAUUGACCCCAAAGAUUGGUUUCCCCUGGAGUGAAAUCAGAAACAUUUCUUUCAACGAUAAGAAGUUCAUCAUCAAGCCCAUCGACAAAAAAUCUCCAGACUUUGUUUUUUACGCACCAAGACUGCGUAUAAACAAGCGCAUCCUGCAGCUGUGCAUGGGUAACCAUGAGUUGUACAUGCGUCGCCGCAAGCCUGACACUAUCGAGGUGCAGCAGAUGAAGGCCCAGGCCCGAGAGCAGAAGCAAUGUAAACAGUUAGAAAGGGCAAGGCUGGAGAAUGAGAAGAAGAAGAGAGAGUCGAUCGAGAAAGACAAGGAAAGGAUGGAGGAAGAGAAGAAGGAUCUGAUGAUGAGGCUCUACCAGUAUGAGCAGCAGACCAAGAGGGUAGAGAGAGAUCUGCAGGAACAGUGUCAGAGAGCCAUGGGGCUGGAGCAGGAGCGGAGGAGAGCCGAGGAGGAGGUGACUCGUAUGGAGUGCGAGCGUCAGGCCGCCCUGCUGGCUAGAGAAGAGCUGUUACGCAGUUCAGAGAACCAGAAGAAGUGUCAGGAACAGAUGGCUUCAGACCUGGCAGAGCACACAGCAAGGAUCGCCAAGCUGGAGGAGGAAAAGAGAUGCAAGGAGGAGGAGGCCAACUCAUGGCAGCUGAGGGCCAGGGAGGCCGAGGACGAUCUGGAGAAGACCAAGGAGGAGUUGCAGAUGCAGGUGCCGAUGAUGAUGCCGAUGAUGAUGCCCCCACUGCCACCUCCACCUCCCCCCAUGUACGACCACCUGGAUGAGAACAGCGACAGCGAGGAGAAUGCCAGCACGCACAGCGCCGAAUUGCAGACUGAGGGCAUCAACGGCCACAGCAAAGAAGAGGAUCGCUUGACUGAGGCCCAGAAGAACGAGCGCAUCCAGAACCAGCUGAAGGCCCUGACCACAGAGCUGGCUCAGGCGCGUGAUGAAUCCAAGAACACCCAUAACGACCUUCUUCACGGCGACAACGUCCGCAGUGGCCGAGACAAAUACAAGACCCUGCGGCAGAUCAGGCAGGGCAACACCAAGCAGAGGAUCGACGAGUACGAGGCCUUAUAAAAGAAAAAAAUCCUUCGGCCCCUUGGCUGCGACACGACAUCUUUGCUAACACACAUGGACACAAACAAACUCACAUCAGCCGCAGACUAAACUGAAGCAGUAUAAGCAUCACAUACAGAAAGACGCACUCCUUGAGUGAGUGUGCGGGGCUUUGCAAAUCCUUCGGAGCAAACUUAGUGCCAAAACCUCUCUUCUUAGUGUUUCAGAUCUUAUUUGUGUAUUUGAUCGUGUGUAAUUUGAUCUAAUUCAGACCAAAUCAUCACUGUUUUUAUCCAGAGGUGUGACGAAGUAGUGGGACUAGCCAAAUUUUAUUAUGACGUCAUGAUGUGCACAUAUAAUAUGUAAUCAAAGCCUCACUUCUUUUUGAUGUCUGUCAUUUGUCGGAUAGGAGGAAAAGGACAGUUUGUCGCUUAUAGCAGCCACUCAGAAAGGGGUAAAACAGUAUAGGAAGGAAAAUGUAUGUUUGUUUUUGUUUUCCAUUAUAUUUGAACACUUCCAUUUAUGUUUAAUAUUGUUAUACAGUAGUUAAAAAUCAUAGCUAGUUUGAUAUUUAUGCUGUAUAUGGGACAUCCAAAAGGGUAUUUCAUCUUGGUUUGUAUAUUUUUGCUAUCUACUAAUGAUAUUGAAAACAUUUAAUAUGUUUUAUAUAUUCACCAAAAUAUUAGCAGUCUUAUGUUCCAUAUGUUUUCCUUUAGAUCACUAAAUUAAAGAGAUUUUACUGUAAAUUAUUAUUUUUUACUGUAGGAUAUAUCAAACUGCAUGCCAUUAAAUCAGUUAAUGAGACUGCUAGCUAUCUAGGUACUUAUGAUUUUUUUUUGUUUGUUUUUUGCCGUGCAAUUCACAGCAUGCUGAGGAACGUCUGUAUCCUCAGAGCUCUACCUUGACUGGGACACUUGGGUUUAAUAUAUUUUAUUUUCCGUUCUGUGUCAUGUCGUUGUUAAAUGAGAGAUGCAGCAUGUGCUGUGUGCUUUUAUUCUCCUAAGUGGCCUUUCUCUCUGGCUGUCGCCCUGCAGGGAUCAGUCCCAGACAGUUGGUUUUCAUCCAAGGUGAUUAGUCACAAAAAAAUAUGGAAGCUUUUAGUUCUCUUAGUUGUAAACCUAAUGAGGGUUGAGGUGAAUGUUUUCAUUUUUACCGCUUGGUCACAAUGGACAGACCGAGACAGAACACCUCACUGUCCUCUCUCUGGAUAUGGACGAGAGUAGCAUCCACUGACACUGUAAUUGAAACAGCUCUGCUGACCUUUGUAUAUGAACAGGAUUUUAUAAUGAGGUGUUCAACAUAUUGGCAAUAAAGAAAAAUCGAUGAUU